AUGGAUGAUUCUGCAAUGGACUGUUCCGCUCCUUCGUCCACUGACGGAGGAAAAGGCAGAUUGCUCGAUUCCAAAAUGAAUGAAGAAGAAAGUCAGUCUCCUGGAAAAGUUACAUCUAAAACUGACUCACAAUCCACUGAAGAAGCUCUCGAUCCUGAUGCAGCCGGUUUUACUGGUUCGAAUGAGCUCACCAUGGAUCCCAACGUGGCAGAAGACUUCACUGAUGAGCACGAGAAAAGAUUGCAGUGCCGUGACGCUGGUCUCUAUUUCCGAAAUCGAUCAGAAUCUCCCGAUGUGUUCCAUGCCUCAGCUCGCCCGUCUAAUCUCAAGUCUUCCUAUGAUAAUUCUACCGAUGGACAACCUCAUAACGAAACUGCACCUACAAGUCCAACCAACCGGUUCGAACAUACGUAUGAAAUCGAGGAUUCUCGUGAUGAAGUUCGCAGUGAGAGUGGAGGUGUUCGGUCGAGAGGACGUGGCACUCGUGGGAGAGGUAGAGGUGGAACCAGGCCAUGUAGUGGUAGCGCUACUCCACUUAACAACAGUCCAAUGGUCAAUAACGACAAGAAACGUUCUGGACGUGGCCGUGGCAGCAAACGUGGCAGAGGAUAUGGUUUAGCACGCAUCGGUGACGUACUUGAGUCCGAAGCGGGUAGCACAGUAACAACUCCGACAGCUGAUGACGUUUACGAGUUCAAGAGCAGUCCGGAAAGCGAAUUCAUUCCAAAUCACCCUGAAUUCGGAAAUCAUGAGGAUAGAGAGCGAUCAGCACCUCCAAGUGCAAAGAGGCAGCGCUUAACUGAUGCUCGUCCCGAAAGUCAUGGUGGAAGCGCGCAUUCAGGAGAUAUCGAAAUGGAUGAUAUUGAUGAAGAUGACAUGAAUUCGAAACCAGGUGUUAGUGAUCGCAAGGUCCCACCUUUGCGCAUCUCCCUUCCCAUAACGCAGACAGAGGAAGAAAUGCAUGGAGAGCAAUCAAGCCAUCAGAUGUCAUCAGGACAUCUCAGUUCAAAUCGUAAAGGUCAACGUGGACGCCAUGGUAAAAGGCAUAAUGAUGCCGAUGAAGCACAGAGGAUGACCCGUAGUAAGGUAAGGCAAACGGGCAAAGCAUUGGAUGACACUGAUGCUUGGUCAAAGAAGAAAAGGGGACGUGCGAAUGCAAUUACGCUUACAGCACAAGGUGAUGAGGCUGAUGAGUCGAUCGCUGAUG